AUGUUCCCGCCGCCGCCCCAGCCUCUGACGACCCUCCCCUCCUUACCGGAUCUCCUUCUCACGGCUCUCUCCGUCUGCUUCCUCGUCUCCUCCUCAAAGCCCCACAUCGCCUCCACCCGCUGCCCCUUCCCGCGCCGCUUCCUCAAAAUCCCCGCCAUGUCCAUCACCGCAACACCCUCCAAAAACACCACCACCUCCGCCCUCAACACCCUCCCCCCGCGCCGUCACAACUUCGCGUCCCCGCAGUCCCUCUCAGACUGGCUCAAACCCCGCCUCCCCUCGGAGUCCUUCGCCUCGUGGGGCGUGAAGCCCGGCACCAAAAACGUCCACAACCUCUGGCUCGAACUCUCCCAGGGCGAAACAUCCCUCGCCGAUUCCACCCCUCCGAUUCGGACCGUCCACGUCGUCCUCGUCCGCGUGACCGAUAAACACGGCAAGCUCCUCCUCGAGUCGCACCAGGAGCUGUCUGACGGUAACAUCCGGAAACGCGGCAGGCCCUUGUCGGAGAAGAUGAAGCCCAACGAGGAUCCCGAGUCCGCUGCCGUCAGAGGCAUUUUCGAAGAGCUUGGCUCUGCGAUUGUUGGUGCCAGACCCAAUUCCGAAAUCGCUGACAUUGUCACCAUCGAUCCCAAAUCGUACGAGAUGCGGGUCGAGGAGCGCGAUUCGGGUUCCUACCCUGGUUUGCCCGGUUGCUACGUUUUGCACACGCUGAGCGCCACGGUGGAGGGUUUGCCCGAUGGUGAUUUUUGCACGGAAGAGGUUGAUGAGUAUGAAGGGGUUUUCGAGGAGAAGAAUCUUGCGGAAAGGGCUGUGUCAGUUAAAAAGCAUUAUUGGACUUGGGUUAGUGCUGAUUCCAUCGACAUAUAG